AGUAGGAAAUUCGGAGAUGGUGAGUGAAACAGUCUAACUUUGAAGAUUGAAAAGUAGAGGUCAAUGUUUCGGGUAAGUGACAACAAAUCAAGCAAGCACGUGCCACAAAUAGGGAAAAUGCUUCUCAAUUGUUUGGGCUUCUGCGGUUCCAUGAACAUUACUCAUACAAGCUCAUCUCAGAGAAAGUAUCCAACGGUAAUAGAAGAGUUGUGCCAUCAAUUUUCUCUGGCCGAUCUUAGGAAAUCCACCAACAACUUCGAUCAAAACAGAGUAAUUGGACGUGGAUUAUUUAGUGAAGUAUAUAAAGGCUCUGUACAACAUAAGGGUGCUUCUGAUUAUACUGUUGCAGUAAAGCGAUUCAAUGAACGAGGAUUGGAAGCGUUCAAGAAGGAAAUAGAAUUGCUCUGCCAGCUUUUUCACCCUAAUUGUGUCUCUAUAAUAGGAUUCUGCAACCACAUAAAAGAGAAGAUUAUUGUGUACGAGUACAUGUCCAAUGGUUCUCUAGCUGAUUACCUACAAGGUGGAGAUGCAGAAGCAUUAUCGUGGAAGAAAAGACUAGAGAUCUGCAUUGGAGUAGCUCGUGGACUACACUACCUUCACACUGGAGCCAAGCGCUCUGUCUUUCACUGUAUCCUCAGUCCUAGUACCAUUCUUUUGGAUGAUCACUUGAAGCCAAAACUUGCAGGUUUCGGCGUUAAUGUGCAGGGAUCACGUUUUAUGACAAAGAAAAAACAAAUCAAACUAGACCUUAUCACGGGUACUUUUGGCUACAUGGCUACGGAGUAUGCCAUCAAUGGUACCGUGACAGAUAAAUGUGAUGUUUUCUCAUUUGGUAUGGUUCUACUAGAAGUUGUGUGUGGAAGGCAAUAUUUAAUACACCCAAGAGAAACAGAAUUUCUGGAGAAGCCUGUUGAAGAGAAAAUUGAUGCAAAUAUCAAAGGGAAAAUUGCACCUGAGUGUUGGCAAGUCUUUAUUGAUAUCGCCCACAGAUGUGUGAAGCAUGAACCAGAUGAGCGACCAAUAAUAGGAGAAGUAGAGGUGGAACUUGAGCAUGCCCUCUUGUUGCAGGAACAAGCAGAUAUCACUAACACCAAUGGUGAAUAUUCUUUAUUGUCCAAAACCGUUAUUGACCUAAAACUGGUGCGGGAAUAUUUUGAGCAGGCUCUAUUUCACCAAGAAGAUAUCACAUAAGACAGUGACUUGACUUAGAAGAUAUGUUUCCUUAGUUAUUUGGUGAGCUCAAAUCAGUACACGAGGGCAAACAUUCAGAAGAUCACUAUUAAAGGGCCACAAGCAACAAAUACAAAUAAACUAGACAUCACUUCCAAUCUCUUGCUUUUCUAGUGAUCCUUUCUUUCAGCAUAUUGAAUCUGAUUGUAUCUGAAGUUUUCAUUGUAAUUAUCUUGAACUGGUAUAAAGAAGUGAAGAGAUUUUUGCUUGAGCC